CGAGUGAUCAAACGCUCAAAAACUCUGAUAUACUAGUAUGAUUUUUGCAGUCAGUCUACUGGGUUUCUUACGUUGGUAAGAACUACCGAUUCUAUCUGAGCAGCUAGCUUCAAAUUAUUUUGUCUCGCGUUGCAAAUAUUCAGCUUAAUAAUACCUUCAAAUUUUUAAUGGUUAAACGAUAAUCAUUAUUAAAUUAAAAUAUCUCUUUUUGUCUGACAAAACACCCCAACAACGCAGGGGACUUGGAUUUGGGAUAGCAUGGGGAAAUUUAUGGAGUUGAUCAAGGGCUGCUUGGGACGCGCGCCACCAACCCCGCCUCCGCGGCGGAGAAAGGAUUCGUUCAAAUACUUUACGACCGACUUUAGUGUUAAUCCGGCAAGCCGCUGGGCUGUGGCCGUGUUUCAGACUGUCGUCGACAGUGCGAGCGCCCCUGAUGUGAAUAUCGUCAUCAGUCCGAAUUUGGCAGAAAUCAUUCUGACGAGACUGCUUCUUGGGCCCAACAGCACGCUGAAAUCUACGCUGUUAGAGGCAGUUUACAAUAACAGAGGAGAGUUUUCAGAGAUACCUAAAGAUGGGGAAUCCGCAACUACGUUCGGUUCGUUCGAGUGUUUUAAUGUCGCGUUUUCUGACGACCGUUGCUGUUCCAGUUCUCGGCCAGAAAAGACAAUUCAAUGCUCAGUAAACGCUGGACUUGUAAAAGAGCCAGCUGAUGAAUCUUUUGCUGAAGGGCCCGCGACACUGAACCGGAUCUGCGGAGGAAAGAUUGACGGAAAAUCCGUUUUUUCUUUGGUGCACAUUAUGCGUGAGACGCGGCGGAUUCUUAUUAAUCCUGCCGAGUUUUCUUGUCGGUGGGAUUUUGCGUUUGACGAAACCAAAAGUGGAACGUUCUACUGCCCGAAUAAUGUUGAGAAAACCGUGGAGUUUUUGAUGAACAUGACCGCCAUAUGUAAUAAAUUUAAUACACAUCCCGGAAGUGAUGGAUCGGAAGCGAAUGAUCCAAAGAUGAUUAUCUUCCACGCCAAUAGGGGAAAAUUCAGUAUUAUGCUGCUGUUACCGGCGACGAUUGAUCAUCACAUAAGCAGCUUGGAAAACGCGUUGACUAUAGAAAAAUUGUUAGAGUGGCGGCGAAAGAGCGAUGGAAACCUUGCGCACGUUAUUGUACCAAAGCUCCGAAUCAACACUGGAUGCGGAUUCGCACCCGGUAACGAAAUAACACUGUCAACCACAGAUUCUGCCGCAAAGUUUGAGGAUCGGCCACUGGAGUGUGCCAGUCAGUCCAAAAUUAUUUUAAAUAUGGACGAAAAUGGUAUCAAUGCCACGCAAGCCCCAUAUCGCAACUUGCAGUAUGAUCUCCUGUUACAUCAGCCUGAGUUCGUGGCAAAUCGUCCGUUCUUGCUGAUUAUUUGGGACGAAAUGGUCAACGUUCCCGUCUUCAUCGGUCGCAUCACGGACCCAACUGGUGCGGCUACCCAAAUGCCAUUACCGUGCUUCGACUGCCUGCCGCAAAGUGGUGUUCAGAAUCAAUAAGAAAGCUGAAACACUUAGUCGACUACGUGGGACGGAUACGGUAAAUGGGGCUUCCAUAUCCAAGCUGAACGGAUUAAACAGCUUAUCACCCAGUUACCGGUGAAAGAAAGCAACCGCAGUUCUUUUUUGAAAAUAAUAAGGUAUCCGCCUAUGGGAAGUGAGGACGAGGCAACCUCCGUGCCACCGGUAAUAAUCCAGAUAUUCACUGCACAUUGAAGUGUGCAACCAAUUCAUAACAACUUCAUUGUUUGAAGAGAAAAGUAUGAUUACUUGGUAUCGUUUGAACAUCUACAGGAUCUGUACUUGCAUGUGUACUUUGUAUGUAUGUGCACAGAAUUACUAGUACGCGUAUUUUCCUUGGUACUUGUGCCUAUUGGCUAGCUAGAGAUAAACCAGCAUUUUACUGUACAUGGAAGGUAACGCUAAAAAUGUCCUACUUCUGUAUCUCAUCCCUCGUUUAUGAGCUGUUUUCGGGAGCGUGGGUGCGGCAUCCGUGUAAUUUGUAAAUAACAGUCCCCUGCUUUCACGAUGCUGUUAAAUUAUUAUUUUUGUGACAACUUAAAGACAGUCCCAGGAGAAUUUUACCGAUAGCUUAAUUUGUAGUGCAUUGUCGUAUUCCAAAUUUCCAAAUCCCGAUGUGUCAGUGUACGAUAGCGCAGUCUGCUUUCUGCAGACAAAUAAAAUGCAGAA